GCUGAAGGCGUCUUUGUGGACGGGACACUUUGAGGGCCAAACAAUGGAAUGCUCUCUCCUGCCUUCACCGCACUGCACUCAACAGACUGAGGUUAAACGCUUUAGUUAGCAGUGUGCCUCUUCCCAAAAAACUCUCUUUAGCUAGGGGAAAGUUGGGAGAAAUAAAACAAAAAACACACAAGUGAAGGAAAACGACCUUCAUAGUACAGCACCUUAUUCCACUUCUUUGUAGUUCGAGUUUGUCUUGGAUUCUUUCAGAAGCUUUACGUGCACAAACACCAAGAUGGAUUUGGAAUCGUAUCUGUGGAUGGUGGUGAUUGGCUUCAUUAUAGCCUUCAUCCUGGCAUUUUCGGUGGGAGCCAAUGACGUGGCCAACUCAUUUGGGACGGCGGUGGGGUCAGGAGUGGUGACGCUACGUCAGGCCUGCAUUCUGGCAUCCAUAUUUGAGACCCUGGGCUCCAUGCUCCUUGGUGCCAAGGUCGGGGAAACCAUCCGGAAGGGAAUUAUAGACGUCAGUUUGUACAAUGACACAGUGCCCAUACUGAUGGCGGGAGAGGUCAGCGCCAUGGUCGGGUCUGCGGUUUGGCAGCUCAUCGCCUCUUUUCUGAAGUUGCCCAUUUCUGGAACUCAUUGCAUUGUGGGAUCUACUAUUGGCUUCUCCAUGGUUGCUAUUGGCACUAAAGGAGUACAGUGGAUGCAGUUAGUCAAAAUUGUUUCCUCGUGGUUCAUCUCACCUUUGCUGUCUGGUCUCAUGUCUGGCCUGCUCUUCUUCGUCAUUCGAUAUUUCAUUUUGAGCAAGGAUGACCCUGUUCCUAAUGGUCUCCGUGCUUUGCCGCUCUUCUAUGCGUCAACCAUUGGGAUCAACACCUUCUCCAUCAUGUACACUGGAGCUCCUUUACUGGGUUUGGAGAUGCUCCCUGUCUGGGCCAUUGCCCUCAUUACGUUGGCUGGUGCGCUGGUAUGUGCCGGUCUGGUCUGGAUUUUUGUUUGCCCCUGGAUGAGAAGGAAAAUAGCAAGUCGUCUGAAGAAAGAGCAUGCACUUUCUCGCAUCUCUGAUGAGAGUUUGGAUAAAAUCCCUGAGGAGGAAGAGGAAGCUCCUGUGUUUAAAGAGCUUCCAGGUGCGAAAAGCAGCAAUGACGCAGUGCUGCCGAUGACUGAGGAGUCCACAGGAGAGCUCAACAGCCUGGCUAAUGGAGGAACUGUCCUCCCCAACGGCAGAGUCUAUGGUCGCACCAACUCCAUGACCAAUGGCUGCCUGAAAUCUCCCGUUUCCAAUGGAGGCUUCAGCUUCGACGGCCACAUGCGCAGCGAUGGCCAGGUUUACCAUACCGUCCACAAAGACUCUGGUCUCUACAAAGACCUCCUGUGGAUGAUCUACGAUCAGGGUGGAGUGAUGCAGGACGCGGCCACACCUGUCUGGCUGCUCUUUUACGGUGGCGUGGGAAUCUGCGCAGGACUGUGGGUUUGGGGUCGACGUGUCAUUCAAACAAUGGGCAAAGACCUCACUCCCAUCACCCCCUCCAGUGGAUUCACUAUUGAGCUGGCCUCAGCGGUCACUGUUGUUUUGGCGUCUAAUAUCGGACUUCCAAUCAGUACGACACACUGCAAGGUGGGCUCGGUGGUGGCGGUGGGCUGGAUCCGCUCCAGGAAGGCCGUGGACUGGCGUCUCUUCAGAAACAUCUUCCUGGCCUGGUUCGUCACCGUUCCUGUAGCAGGCCUGUUCAGCGCCGCUGUCAUGGCCUUGUUCGUCUAUGGCAUCCUGCCUUACGUUUGAGAAGGAGAAUUUGGGAUAUGAGAGAGAGGUAUAGGAAGGUAAUGGCGAAAAGAUAAAACAGAGACGGAAAAAAAAAAUAUAUACGUCAAUAUAAAAGCCAGAAAGUGAAGAGAGAGAGAGUUUUUAAAUGCUGCCUGGAAAAAGCAUCCAGAAUCCUUUGACUUAAAUAUCCUUAAUCUUUGUCAAGAGUAUUUAUUUCCAUUUCAUUUUUACUAUCGUUUCUGUUGAAAUGUUACCAUAAAGCGUAAGAUAUUUGACUCAGUGAUAUCAAAAGGUACAAAAACACACUAAACAGUAUCUGUGGGUCCUACAGCUUCAAGGGAGUAAACAGAGCUGCACAUACAAAUACAGUGCGUUUAUAACUUACAAUUGCCAAUCACUGGCGCAAUUCCCAGUAUAUCAGUGCAAAAUCCAGUCCCCUAGGCCUCUAAAUGCUUGUGGAGUGUUAUAAACCUAAACAUAUCGCUAAUUCCGUUUGCUGAAAAGUCAAACUUCUGUCGAAAUGACACUGAAAGCGUCCUGCUGUUCAAUACUUUA